AUGGCUCGCGAUGACGCUGGCAAUGCCAACAAAGAGGCUGUGGACUCCGGCGGUCCGGAGCCAGAGCAAAAUCCCGCCGUUGUCCCAGACGCCGGCGGCCGUGGGCAGCUGCUGCGCGUAUCCACCGGGCUCCAUCUGAUGCUCGCCGGGGCAACGGUCAUAAUCGGAGAAGCCGCCGCGCCGGCGCCGGCGCCGUUGCCUCGCCUGUUUUUCGCGUUCCUGGCGUGGUUCGUCGGGUGCCUGUCAUUGUUCGCGCUGCAGCCUGCAGCUGCAGAUGAUCCCCUGGUCCCCCGAGACUGA